CCGCCUGCCAAAGUUCAUAGAGGGAGUCGAGCACUUCCGUGUUUAGACCGGAGACACAAGGGCACUGAAUUCGUUACAGAAAGUUCUCUGAUUGGGAGCCAUGGCGCGGCUGUUCAGAAGCAGCUUUUUACGGAGUUAUUUCACUACUCAGAUCCGCAUGGGUUCGGACCAGCUUGGUGAAUUGGGGAAAGGUGCAGGUAAAGGUGGAGGAGGUGGAGGCUCUAUCAGAGAAGCCGGCGGAGCCUUCGGGAAGAAAGAGGCAGCUGAAGAGGAGCGUUACUUCAGGCAGAAGGAGAAGGAGCAGCUGGCUGCUUUGAAACAGCACCACCAGGAGGAGAUCGAGCACCAUAAGAAGGAGAUCGAGCGCCUGCAGCGUGAGAUAGACCGUCACAAGGGCAAAAUCAGAAAACUCAAACACGAUGACUAAAGCUGGCGCUGGUGACGUGUUUGUGUGUGUUUCUACCCAAAGUGACCUAACGCCUGCUCAGAGAAGCAGCUCUUCACACUCUGUAAUCUCUUAGUCACGAAUAAAGAUAAUAGGAUAUUU